AUGGAGAAUGCCGUGAUAUCGACUCCAGCUGAGAGCCGCCCGUACCGCUCACACAAAGUUCCAGCCUGUGACCUUUGCAGACACCGGAAAAUCCGAUGUAAUAUUGAUAUACCCGGCCAGCCAUGUCGAUUCUGCAGGGAAAGAGAUUAUACUUGCGAGUAUUCACAGAAAAGCGAGCAUGUCGAUGGCGACUCGCCGGCAAAGCGACGCAAGACACACGCAACUUCGUUCUCUGGAGGAGGCUCUCGGUUGGCAGAGAAAGGCCUCGCACAGUUCCCAAGCGUCGCUGGUACAUCGCCAACGGAGUCAUCUCUCAUACUCAAUCCUCCAAUGGCCGAAGAUAUCGAAAUCCUCGAGCACUAUCUCACGUCUAACGGGCCAGGCGGUGCGUCGACAGGAAAGCCAUACAGUUUGAUCUCGAGUGCACCCGGAAACCCUAUAAUAUACCUCACCGUACCUAGGCGGCGGCAAGGACUGUCUACGGCUGUAGACCCAGGUCGCACGCAGCGAGAAGUCAUAGAGCAGUUCCUUUGGAAUCAAGCGGUCGCUGCUAUACAGGAAGACUUCCUAGGCUCAACGAUCUCCACCGUACAUGCAAGCCUCUUAGACCUCAUCGGGCGGCCAGUCCUCUCCAUUACUGGCAACAUAGUAACUUUGGGUCGUACUGUGACCCUGGCGCACAGUCUUGGACUCCACAGAGACCCAACAAAUUGGAAGGCAACUGAGCACGAGAAGAAUGUCCGCAUCAGACUGUGGUGGGGCGUGCUCAUACACGACUAUUGGUCGAGUCAUGCCCAUGGCACCCCACCUCUGAUCCACAGACAGAAUUGCGAUGUUCCACUCCCCAAAGUGGAAUCUCUCCUCACCACAGACGCAGCAGAGACCCAUCAGCGAUCUGCCCACUCAUUCCUCUAUCUUUGUCUCUUGUCAAGGAUUUUGGGAGACUUGCUACCAUUCGUGUACGCCCUGCAGCCAGAUCACGAGCAAGUAUCGAGACAUGUCCGUCGACUCGAAUGUGCGUUGGACGACUGGGAAGCUUCGUUGCCUGACUUUCUCCGCGUUGGUGUCUCGCACGAAGUCGUGAAUGGAGCGAGCAGUCUCCAUUUCUGUUUCCUCUCAUUGAAACUGCUGCUCUGUCGAAUAGCAUUUAAGACAUCGAGCUCGGUGCUAGCUGAAGCAAGAUCUUACCGACUCGCAAUGCUUCGAGAGGCAGCGUCUGCCUUGACGGAAUUCGUGUGCUCCCUGGAAGCUACGCAACUUUCUGAGUUCUGGUUACCAUCUCGCUGA